AAUGCAGCGGUCCUUCCGGCUUCAGACCUAGUCCGCUAAGGUCCACGAAGACCAGCAGAAGUCAUAGAGGAAUACUAUGGCCUCCCAAAACCUCGCGCCCAUCAAUUUUAUAUACAUUCGGUGCAGCAGUGGCUCAACCUCUGCACCGCCUUCUGUCCUAAAAGAAGGAGUUCCCAUAGUAGCCAGUGGGGAUAAUGUCAGUAUCACAGUUUGAUAAGCGCAGUGGUGGGGACGGAGGAGAAUAACAGUGGCUUGGCUGCGGAAAAAAACGACCUAUCUGUCUGGAGAGAUGAAAACAAAUUUUGCAGAUGCGGUGACGCUGGAGCUGAUGAGCAGAAGUUAGCCAGGAAGCCAAGUACAGGCAAAGCUGUUUACUGCCGCAGGAGCAGAAGCCCAAAGGCGUUAAAAAGUCUGACACUUGGGGGCAAGUGGGUCAUUUUUCAGGAAACCCAGGGAAAUUAGGGAGAAAAAAGUGAAAGAUGCAGGAGAGAUGGACAAGCUGUGUACAUAACAAGGAACGUAUACAUGGUUAAGGAGUUUGCACUUUGUCCUAAGACGUUGAGAAGCCUUUGAAAGAGUUUAAGCAGAGAUGAUAGGUUCAGAUUUGCACUCUCCUAAGAUCUCUCUGAUUCACUUUGUGGAGAUGACAGAGGGAAUGGAGGCAGGGAGAUAGUUAUGAAGCUAUUGCAGGAAUCCCGGAGGUGAGGGCCUGAAAGAAGGAUAAAGAGAGGAAUUAGCUUCAUACAUGUGUGUGACCAAAGGACCAGGUGGGCUGGCAGAAGAGGUGGACGACAAAGUUCUUCAUGCUGCUUUUAUUCCUUUUGGAGACAUCACAGAUAUUCAGAUUCCUCUGGAUUAUGAAACAGAAAAGCACCGGGGAUUUGCUUUUGUUGAAUUUGAGUUGGCAGAGGAUGCUGCAGCAGCUAUUGACAACAUGAAUGAAUCUGAGCUCUUUGGACGGACAAUUCGUGUCAAUUUGGCCAAACCAAUGAGAAUUAAAGAGGGCUCUUCCAGACCAGUUUGGUCAGAUGAUGACUGGUUGAAGAAGUUUUCUGGAAAGACUCUUGAAGAGAAUAAAGAGGAAGAAGGGGCAGAAGCUCCCAAGGCAGAAACCCAGGAGGGAGAGCCCCCUGCAAAAAAGGCCCGGUCAAAUCCUCAGGUGUACAUGGACAUCAAGAUUGGGAACAAGCCAGCCGGCCGUAUCCAGAUGCUCCUGCGUUCCGACGUCGUGCCCAUGACAGCAGAGAAUUUCCGCUGCCUGUGCACCCAUGAAAAGGGCUAUGGCUUCAAGGGAAGCAGCUUCCACCGCAUCAUCCCCCAGUUCAUGUGCCAGGGUGGGGAUUUCACAAACCACAAUGGCACUGGGGGCAAGUCCAUCUAUGGGAAGAAGUUUGAUGAUGAAAACUUUAUUCUCAAGCACACAGGACCAGGCCUCCUCUCCAUGGCCAACUCUGGCCCGAACACCAACGGCUCCCAGUUCUUCCUGACCUGUGACAAGACAGAGUGGCUGGAUGGCAAGCACGUGGUGUUUGGGGAGGUCACCGAAGGCCUGGAUGUCCUGCGGCAGAUCGAGGCCCAGGGCAGCAAGGAUGGGAAGCCAAAGCAGAAGGUGAUCAUCUCCGACUGUGGGGAGUACAUGUGAGGCGCCACCCCGCUCCCUCUCUGCUCCUGCCUGUGUGUCUGGGCCUGCACGGAGGGUGUCCUGUGUGAAGCAGACGACACAGGGUCUCAGUUCCUCCUUGGGGCCAGCUUGGAGCAGCUCCUCCGCAGUGCGGCCUGGACUUGCUCUGGGUUCCUACAGGUGCGCUGUGGGCCUGGGAGCCAGCGCAGGUGCCGCCCUCCCCACCGUGGACAGCUGACUGUCCCCUGGCUUUCCCAGCGUGCGGUGCCAGGACCUGCCCUGGCCCAUCUGAGGAUCCUGGACACUUUCUCUGCUAAAAUAAAUCCUGAUUCUUAUA